UCGAUUUUCCUAGAAAAAGAAAAAAAACCGUCCUUUAGGCGACAAUAUCCAGUGAACAGUCUCUUUCUUUCUCUCUCCCUCUCUCGUGACCUCGUCCAUUUAAGACUUCAACGUUUAAAAUAUAUGAGAUUCCUCCGCCAAGUUUGACACUCUCCUUUCUAUUAAAGCGCACGCGCCACCAGGAUCCCCACGCGCCACCGUUGGCAUUAGCCACAACCUUUUCCCAGCUUUAUACUUUCCUUUCCUAUCUCUAUCUUUCUCUCCGGGUCUCUCUGUGUACUUCUGGUGCCUGAUCUGACGGGGUUUGGCCGUCGGGGCUUUAUGAGUCUUUCGCCGUCGAUGAUAAUAGAAUGGGCGGAGUCACGUCGUCAAUCGCCGCGAAGUUCGCCUUCUUCCCGCCUACCCCGCCGUCAUACACCCUGAUAGCGGACGACACGCGCGGCGGCCAAUUGUAUAUUCCGGAGGUCCCGAGGAGGGACAACGUUAACGUCGACGUCCUCAAGCUCCGGAACCGUAAAGGCAACGAUAUCGUGGCCAUCCACGUGAAGAACCACAAGGCAUCAGCGACUCUGCUCUACUCCCACGGGAAUGCCGCCGAUUUGGGACAGAUGUUCGAGCUCUUUGUCGAACUCAGCAUUCGGCUUCGCGUCAAUCUAAUGGGGUAUGAUUAUUCUGGCUAUGGACAAUCAACUGGAAAGCCAUCUGAAUGUAAUACAUAUGCCGACAUUGCUGCAGCAUAUACAUGCCUCAAGGAGCAGUACGGUGUUAAAGAUGAGCAAUUAAUUUUAUAUGGUCAGUCUGUAGGUAGUGGCCCCACUGUUGAUCUUGCUUCAAGAAUAUCAAACUUGAGGGGAGUGGUUUUACAUAGCCCAAUAUUGUCUGGGCUCAGAGUAUUGUACCCUGUCAAACGAACAUACUGGUUUGAUAUCUUUAAGAAUAUUGACAAAAUUGGUAUGGUGAACUGUCCUGUUCUUGUCAUGCAUGGGACUGCGGAUGAAGUUGUGGAUUGGUCCCACGGGAAGCAGCUUUGGGAGCUUUCCAAGGAGAAGUACGAACCAUUGUGGUUAAGUGGAGGUGGACACUCCAACCUUGAGCUUUACCCAGAAUUCAUUAGACAUCUGAAGAAAUUUGUACAGGCAAUUGGCAAAUCGAAAUCAAGCACAAACAGUUCUAAAAAAACUGCAGCAGAAUCUGAUACUCAGAGCAAACCAUCUGAAACUGGAACUUCAGAUAAAUUUGAGUUGGGUUCGGAUCUCCCAGAAGUUUCCAGGAACAGUUUAGAUAGUCGACUCGAGAAGUCUAGGAAGUCGAACAAGCCCGAAAAGUCGCGCAUGAGCACUGAUCGCGUAGACAGGUUUAGGAGAAGAAAGGGCUUAGUCUGGUGAUGAAUUUACAGUCACAGCAAUUGAAUAAGUGAUGCUCUAGUAUUAAUUAUACUUGAGAUGGUAAUCUAUUUUCACUCAUUAUGUCACGUGUGAUGUGUCAACUCUAAUAUGGAAUAUACCACCGAGGUGAGUAUAUUAACGU